CCCUCUCUCUCUCUCUCGUUCUCGUUCUCUCUCUCUCUCUGGUCUUUAGAUAUGGCGUCCUUGCAGUGGCUUCAUUCCCCGCCGAGUUUGGCACUACAAUUGACGGCAACUAGGUGGUAACCGGACGGCACCUCUCUUUUCUCCAACCUUGCCUCUCUCUAUUAUUUUUAUUUCCAUAAAGGAGGACAUUUGUGUGUCGCAGACACUGGCGGACAUUGCGCACUCUUCACGGGAAGAGAUAGCCGCUGCUGCUGUUGUUGUUGUGGUGAUGCACCAGCAAGCCUGGGCUGGCACGCAUCAAGACCACCAUCCGGGAAGAAUUGCUAGUUUGUCACAAGGCGAAGGUAAUGGUGCUGAUGUCUACAAGGACCAUGGAUGGGGACCAGCCCUCCUGAAAUAACCCCCCCCCCCCCCCCCCCCCCCAUCUCACUGGGCUGGCUGGACGCCCUUUUUUUUGUUUGUUUGUUGCUAAAUCCAAUUCAGGAGCUCAUCUUCACCACUCCCGUCCUCCCCCAAACAUCAAGACUGCUUUAGAGACAGCUCUGUGGCGUCGAAAAUGACCACGGCACGGUACCGUCCCACUUGGGAGCUGGCCGUGGACCCCCUGGUCUCAUGUAAGCUGUGCCUUGGCGAGUUCCCGCUGGAGCAGAUGACCACCAUUACACAGUGCCAAUGUGUCUUCUGUACACUGUGCCUGAAGCAGUAUGUGGAACUCCUGAUUAAAGAAGGCCUUGAAACUGCAAUUAGCUGUCCUGACUCUGCCUGUACUAAAAGAGGACACUUGCAGGAAAAUGAGAUUGAGUGCAUGGUGGCCACAGAGAUGAUGCAGCGAUACAAGAAGCUCCAGUUUGAAAGAGAGGUGCUUUUGGAUCCUUGCCGGACGUGGUGCCCCUCGUCGACCUGCCAGGCUGUGUGCCAGCUGAAGGAGGCCGACUCUCCGGUGCGGCCCCAGCUGGUACAGUGCGCUGUUUGCGCUCUGGAGUUCUGCUCAGCCUGCAAGGCCAACUGGCAUCCGGGUCAGGCCUGCCCGGAGAAUAGCCUGCCCAUCACUUCUUUCCUCCCAGGAGAGAACAGUCCUUUCUACAAGAACGAAGAGGAUGACGCGCCCAUCAAGCGCUGUCCUAAAUGCAAAGUUUACAUCGAGAGGGACGAGGGCUGUGCACAAAUGAUGUGCAAGAAUUGCAAGCACGCCUUCUGCUGGUACUGUCUGGAAUCCCUGGAUGACGAUUUCCUCCUUAUCCACUAUGACAAAGGCCCUUGUCGGAACAAACUGGGCCAUUCCAGGGCAUCCGUUAUCUGGCACAGAACACAGGUUGUGGGUAUCUUUGCAGGGUUCGGCCUGCUCCUGCUGGUCGCCUCCCCCUUCCUCCUCCUGGCCACGCCCAUCGUCCUGUGCUGCAAGUGCAAGUGCAGUAAAGGCGACGACGACCCCUUGCCCACUUAAAAGGCCGUCGAUACGGAAAGCCACUCAGAAAAGGAUGGUGGUCAUCACAUUGUUGUUCCCUUCCUCUCUCUUUUUUUACACCCCUCCCGCUUUGAGCGCUUUUUUUUCCGGGUCAAUCCUGCACGACGGCUGCUUUGGGAUCCAUUGCUCUGCAUGGUAGAUAAGCAGUGUGGCCCGAAAAGACCGUUGUUUUUAGGGAGGAAGUCGGCGCUGCUUUGAGCGUCCUGUUGCUUUUGCGAGAUACUUUCUCUCCCGCCGACCGCCGCCAUGUAGCGCUACAGGAUCAGUCCUUUAGCAUCACAGCUGCAACGCGUUUGGUGGUGACUCGAUAUGUGCACACUACAGACUGAGAUAGACACUACCCUCUCUUGAUGAUGUCACGGUUUUAUAACCUCGCGCUUUUAAAUGGAAGUACUGUCUGUCUUGUACUUUUUUCGGAAACCUUCAUUUAUUUAAAGGGAGGACGCCCGCUUUGAGGGCGUUGCCCUUUAAAAUACAGCAAAGCCAAUCAGAGGACCUUUCUUGUUGUUGUGUCUCUCAAUGAGAUCCUUUAAUACACCGCCUACUCCAAAGUAGCCAAAAUAGAAACAAAUAGCCUUAAAAAUUGAGAAUAGCCAAAAGCAGGCGUUUCCCUCCUGAGUGUCCAAAUAAAUCAUCCCAGGGAAAAUACGUACAAAAAAGCCCUGAUGAUUCUAUGAUGUCAUCCAUAUUUCACUCGGCUAAUAGCCAAACGAAAACGAUGUUAGCUCACAUUAACGUCAUCGCUCUCGAAGACGUAACAAAUUGCAAACUUGCAUAUGUCAGUGGUCCAAAGUUGUGUCCGUGUUUAGUUUUUUGUUGGUCGUUACCCAACCUCCAGCAACAAGCAGCUACUCCCUUAAUGCGGGAGCAACAGAAAAGAGCCUGUAUAGAUGUUGAUAUUAACGAAUGUUUUUGGGGCACGUUGCUAUAAAGCUGCUCUGAUAUAUAUACAGUAUAUAUGUAUAUCACUUUAUCUAUGCAAGUUUGUACAUUCUCCUCGUGUAAAAAAACAAUGUGCGCCAACAACUGGCUUAUAACAACUAAAAAAAGCUGCAGAAUGUCAAUCGUACAAUUGCAUAUCAUGGGGAUUUAACCAAAUGUAUGUAUUUCUUCAAAUAGUGGCCUCCUGAGAGGGGUUGUCGAAAUUUAUUUUCCUAUGACUGCAGAUUAGACGUGGCAUCUGUAAAAAUGGCAUUUACCGUUGGGGUUUUGCUAAACGUUUCACGUGAAAUUAUAUGUGAGGGGAAAAAAUGUAUAAAAUGAAGAUGCCAAUUGGAACUCAACCCAUAAAAGCCUUUUUAAAAGCAAUCUAAAUCUACCGAAAUGUGCUUUCUUGCGGCUAAGAUAAAAUAUUGCAUCCGGAAAGUACUUUACAGUCUUAUUCCAAAAUGGCUUUUUUUUUUAAUUGAUUACAAAUAAAUAAAUAAAAAUCAAAAAUAGAUAAGUAUUCACAGCCUUUGCUUAAUAAUUUGCUGAUGCACCUUUGGGAGCAAUUACAGUCUCUAUGUAGGAUGUACAUCCUGAAAAGCAACAUUUCCCAUCCAACCUGAUAGAGCUUGAGCUGCAAAGAGGAAUGGGCGAAACUGCCCAACGAUAAGUGUGCCAAGCUUGUGGCAUCGUAUUCAAAAAGAAUUGAGGCUGUAAUUGCUGCCUAAGGUGCAUCAACAAAGUAUUGAGAAAAGGGUGUGUUUUUUUAUUUUUAAUGUCUAUGAAUGUUGUCGUUCAUCCAGGUCAUUGUCAUCUCAGGGCAUUCAAUAGAUCGCAACUGGACUGUUUGAUUUGUCUUUGAAGACGUUUCGCCGCUCAUCCGAGUAGGCUUUAUCAGUUUGUGCUCAUAGACUUAGAUUAGUCAGAUCUAGUCCAAUGUUGAAAUGUACACCUCAUUUAUUUAUUUUACAAAUAGAUUCCUUAACUAUAAGAUGCCACGUAUUUAAAUUUGAUUAAAAAAGAAAGCUCCCCCGGCCACUAAAUGAGGAAAUACCUAAUUUAUAAUAUUGUUUUUUCUCAGAUUUUUUUCAUUGUCUCCAGAAAUAAGCAGUUGUAGUCCCAGCAAAGUGAUCCAACCAACCUAAAGCAAGACCUGUAUUGAAUGUAAAAUCAUCUUAACCGGAGGACAAAUCAAAAAGUGUAUUCAAUUUGAAUAAAAUCCAAUGAGAUGUUUGGUUAAGUACAGGACAAAGGUAAUUUUAGUACCAAAGUAAGGAGUCUACCUUAAAUUCUGUACUACAAGCCACUAUUUUUUCCUACGCUUUGAGCCCUGUGGCUUAUAAAAAGGUGCAGCUAAUUUAUAGAUUAUUUGCAGACAACCAAACUGCAGUUAGUGCCCAAAAAAAACAAAACAAGCAACAGCACUGAAAAGGUGUAUUAUUUUUUUGUGCUAUGGAGGAAUCUUUCGGACGAGUCCGCUCACGGCAGGUGCUGCAGUGCCCUUUUUUAUUACCGCUUUCAACCAGAAGCAAAUUUACCAUUCUGUCUUUUAGCCAUCCGUAGCGUUUUUACUCGUAUGGCUUCUUCAUUCAUCACUCCAAGCAACGUUUGUAAGUUUUACAAUAAAACUAAAACUAUUCAUAUUUACUAAACUGUCCAAUGUGUGAUGUCCAUAGAAGUGUAGUAUUUGCUAAUAUGCUAACACUUGUACACGUGUCUGUGUUAGUAUUAUUAACUAACAACGGCAUUCUUUUUGUAUUGUUUAAGUUUCACAAUUUCCUCUUUCAAUUCACCAAAACGUCAACGUCGAGUUAUUGAGUUUGUUUAGCUGAUUGGAGAGCUAGCUUCAGCUUAUAGUCGGUCCAUGACUUUGACGUCUGUUUUGUUUGAUUAUCCGUUUUACUGCCAUUUUUCAACCACCGUUUGGAAACAAUCACGGUAUGUAAAUAAACAUUUUCAAAAUCUUUCAUUUUACAUUUUUUUUUAAAAAACAUUCAAAUAUAACUUUAGUGUAACACUUUUGUGCGUGGCUGCACUUGUGUUUUUAAAAUCUUUAAAACCGUACUGAAAAAUGUUCAACUUAUUUUUCCUGAUUUGGAGUAUCAAUCAAUCAAUCAAUCAAUGUUUAUUUAUAUAGCCCUAAAUCACAUGUGUCUCAAAGGGCUGCACAAACCCCCAUGACAUCCUCGGUAGAGCACACAUAAGUGCAAAGAAAAACUCACACUCAAUGGGACGUCGGUGACAGUGACAAUGAUGACUAUGGGAAACCUUGGAGACGACCGCAUAUGUGGGCAACACCCCCCCCAGGGGACCAAAAGCAAUGGAUGUCGAGCAGACUAUGACUCACAUUUUUUUAAAUAGCAAUCAAUACUUUGCUGGGACUAAACACUGUUCACAAAUUCUGUGUAAAAUAUAGUUUCAGGAUGGACUAUUUACAGUUGUGGUCAAAAGAUUACAGACACUUGUAAAGAACAUAAUGUCAUGGCUGUCUUGGGUUUCCAAUCAUUUCUACGACUCUUUGUGAUAGAGUGAUUGGAGCACAUACUUGUUGGUCACAAAAAACAUUCAUGAAGUUUGGUUCUAUUAUACAUUUAUUAUGGGUCUACUGAAAACGUGACCAAAUCUGCGGGGUCAAAAGUAUACAUACAGCAAUGUGAAUAUUUGCUUACACGUCCCUUGGCAAGUUUCACUGCAAUAAGGCGCUUUUGGUAGCCAUCCACAAGCUUCUGGUUGAAUUUUUGACCACUCCUCUUGACAAAAUUGGUGCAGUUCAGCUAAAUGUAUUGGUUUUCUGACAUGGACUUGUUUCUUCAGCAUUGUCCACACGUUUAAGUCAGGACUUUGGGAAGGCCAUUCUAAAACCUUAAUUCUAGCCUGAUUUAGCCAUUCCUUUACUACUUUUGCCGUGUGCUUGGCGUCAUUGUCCUGUUGGAACACCCAACUGUGCCAAGACCCAACCUCCGGGCUGAUAAUUUUAGGUUGUCCUGAGGAAUUUGGAGGUAAUCCUUCUUUUUCAUUGUCUCAUUUACUCUCUGUAAAGCACCAGUUCCAUUGGCAGUAAAACAGGCCCAGGGUAUAAUAACACCACCAUGCUUUACGGUAGGAUGGUGUUUCUGGGAUUAAAGGCCUCACCUUUUCUCCUCCAAACAGCUCAAUUUUUGUUUCAUCCGACCACCGAACUUUCCUCCAGAAUUACAUUAUGUUCUUUACAAGUAUAUUUAAACUUUUUACCAUGACUGUAUAUUCGAUCCAUCGCUGAUACAGCAGCUUUUAUGACCAGACACAUAACUCAAGUUACAUUAUUGCACUAUUUACCUUGUUCAUUUCUAUUCUGGUUGAGUUUCUGUAGCAUUUUUAAAGUGAUACAUUUACCAAAAAGAGCAUGACGAAAAGUAGAUAUCUAAGCUUAAAAGUAGCUCCAACAUCUGCAGAUGCUUUUUUGUCCUCACUAAACGGUUCUUUCUUCAUGUUAGUAGCCUUAAGUUUGGAGUAUCUUAUAGUUCUUUUUACUCGCCCAUGAAUAAGCAUGAUUAAACUAAAUUUGCCGCAUUUUUUCAACCCUAAAAUUGUGUUUGUAUUCCCCUAAAGGUAAGUAAGUUCCUUAUAUUUAAUUUUUUUAAUGACAAUUGUGCCAAGCAAAUUUCCUAUAGAAAGAGGGCGGGUGUUGUCUACUGUAUGUGCAUUUUGACCAUGUAUUUGUAAUGUAAUAGCAGUUUUUACAGGGUGGGGAAUAUGUCCUAAUGCUUCUUUAUUGUGAGCUCUGCACUGUAUUUGGGUUUUCAUUGGUUAUGUUGUUAAUAUUGAGCUGUCAUUUGUGUAGUGCCUGGUGUUUCAUGGCGAUUUCAAAAGAUACACUUGUACAUGUUUUGUUUUGCUUUAACUUUACAUAUCAGGGUUUAGAAGAAUAACAAAAAACAAACAAACAAGAAUGUCUCAUUUAUAUCUUGAAGAGGCACCAAAUAAAACCCUUUUUUUCCCCCUGUUGCAAGUUAUUUUAAUGCCACAUAUACAGGUUUUAACAAGAUUAUUUAAUAUGCAACACAAGUCAAAAAGGCCGAAUUUCAGUCAAACUACAUAGAGAGAUAGAUGCUGGUUAGGACUUUGCAGAAAUCCGCACAGGUGUUUGAUAAGUAAGGGCUUGAUUCUCAAAACAAACAUAAAAUAAGUGAUUUUUCUUUUGCCCUCGAAAUGUGCAUGAUAUAACCCCUCAAGAGAUUCAGCAGCAUGAUUUAUAUGAGAAAUUCUCUCAUAUAUGUGCUUCUUUUUAAAGAAUAUUUUCAGCCUUAUGUUGUGCAAUUUUGUUGGCCCUUACCUCCACCAACCUGCCUGCCACAACAUUUGUUUCAUUUCAUACAUUUGUUUUUACUAAUAAUUUGUUUUGUUCUUUCUUUUUCCAGCCAAACAAAAGACGUUGUAAAAUGACAUAUUUGUAUAAGUUCUGUACAACUUGGGAUCUCUCUCUCUAUAUAUACAGUAUAUCUACAGUUCCACUAACACUGUGAUACCAGGUAUUAAAUGUUGUCUUUUGUGUU